CGCGGCGCGCCCGGCUGUCCCGGGUCAGCCCGGACCCGAGUCCAGGAAGUCCGGCCGCGCGGACUCCGCUGCUGCGGGCUGCCCUAGCCGGGUCAGAGCGGGGUCAGCAGCUCCCGCCAGAGUGGGGCGCCGGCCGCUGCCUCCGCCAUGCUCCGCGGACUGGCCAGGGCUGCGGCCCCGGCGCUCAGGGCCCUCCGGGCGCGGGGGUCUGGGAGCUGGGCUGGGGUCCCGGCGCAUGUGGUGGACCUGCGCAGCGACACGGUGACCAGGCCCGGGCCAGCCAUGAGGCGCUCCAUGGCUGAGGCGGUCGUGGGGGACGACGACUACGGCGAGGACCCCACUGUCCGCGAACUUCAGGAAGAGGCCGCGGAGCUGCUGGGGGUGGAGCGGACCCUGUUCGUGCCCACGUGCACCAUGGCCAACCUCAUCUCUGUGAUGGGUCACUGCCGGCGCCGGGGCUCCCAGCUCCUCCUCGGGCAGGACAGCCACCUCCACGUGUACGAGCAGGGCGCCGUGGCUCAGAUCGCUGGAGUGCACUCCGAGCCCCUCCCAGACCUGCCCCACGGCACCCUGGACCUGGCUGGGCUGGAGAGGGGGCUCACCCGGGGCCUGGGGAGCCGCUACCACCCAGUGUGUGAGCUCGUCUGCUUGGAGAACACGCACAGCAGCUCCGGGGGCCGGGUCCUCCCCCUCGACUACCUGCGCCAGGUGCACCUCCUGGCCCGGACAUAUGGAGCCCGGGUGCACCUGGACGGAGCCCGGCUGAUGAACGCGGCUGUGGCUCUGCGCGUGCCCCCGGCCCACAUAGUGCAGCACUGUGACUCCGUGUCGCUCUGUUUCUCCAAGGGCCUGGGUGCACCAGCAGGGGCCUUGGUUGGGGGACGCGCGGACUUCAUGGAAGAAGCGUGGCGCCUCCGGAAAGCCCUGGGCGGGGGCAUGCGCCAGGCAGGGGUGCUGGCCGCGGCCGCCCUGGUGGGCCUGGCUGAUGCCCAGCAGGUGCUGCCGAGGGACCAUGAGAAUGCCCGGCGGUUCGCCAAAGGACUCCAGGAGCUGGCGUCGCCCUUCUGCUCCGUGGAUCCCAGCGCCGUGGAGACCAACAUGGUGAUGGUGACCCUGGAUGGGCUGCCGCCGGCGGAGCUGUGCCAGCGCCUGCAGGCGGUGAGCGCCGAGGAGGUGGCCCAAACUGGCCGCGCGGUGCGUGUGCUGCUGUUCCCCUGGACGGCGCGGGCUGUGCGCGCCGUGUGGCACCGCGACGUCUCCGCUCAGGACACGGAACUGGCACUGAGGAAGUGGGAGUUUGUGCUGGGGCAGCUGGGGCGCUGAGACCAGGGCAGCUGGGGUGCCCGCAUCCUGGCUGGGGUCGGGGCGGGGUGUGGAGAUGUCCCCACGCCUCUCGGCCUCCACACUCGCAGGUGACGUCCCACCCAGUCACAGCCAGCCAGGCUCAGGACGGACAAAACGUGGCUGAGGGGGCCGGCGCUGUGGCACGGUGGGUUAAGCCCGUCUGCGAUGCCUGCAUCCUGUACGGGCACGGAUUCGAGUCCUGGCUGCCCUGCUCUGCACCUGCUCCUGCUGAUGGCCCAAGUGCUCGGGCCCUGGCGCCCAUGGGAGACCCAGAGGGGGUUCCCGGAUUUUGGCCAUGGCUGUUGCAGGCAUCUAUGGAGUGAACCAGCAGGUGGAAGGUCUCUUUCUUACUUUGUCACUCCAUGUUUCAAAUAAAUAAAUCUUUUUUUAAAAUAAAAGAUGUGAGGCCGGCGCCGCGGCUCACCAGGCUAAUCCUCCGCCUUGCGGCGCUGGCACACCGGGUUCUAGUCCCGGUCGGGCCACCGGAUUCUGUCCCGGUUGCCCCUCUUCCAGGCCAGCUCUCUGCUGUGGCCAGGGAGUGCAGUGGAGGAUGUCCCAAGUGCUUGGGCCCUGCACCCCAUGGGAGACCAGGAGAAGCACCUGGCUCCUGGCUUCGGAUCAGCGCGGUGCGCCGGUCGCAGCGCGCCAGCCAUGGCGGCCAUUGGAGGGUGAACCAACGGCAGAAGAAGACCUUUCUCUCUGUCUCUCUCUCUCACUGUCCACUCUGCCUGUCAAAAAAUAAAAAAUAAAUAAAAAUUUAAAAAAUUAAAUAAAAGAUGUGACUGAAAACAGACAAAACGGACCCUCGGGUGGUCAGGACAAUGCAGUUGUCAGAGAGUUGACAGUGAAAUAUGAAGGAGCCACAAGGUGAGGUAAAAUUGCCAGAGAAUCAGAAACUAUGACCACAUGGAAAUUCUAGAACUGAACAAUAAACCAGGAAACCUGGUGGACAGGUUUACUAACGAGACAGACACGGCCGGAGAGAGAAUUAACAAAGGGGAAGAUAAAUCAGGAGGAAAUUCAUCUGAAAAGCGGACCCCAAGGGUGGUCCUUUGGAAACAGUAAUAAAAUUGGCAAGCCUCUGCUGAGAUCCACCUCGGACAAGAGAGGAGCCCGGAUGACUUAGAUCGCCUAAGGAUAAACGUGAAAACA